AUGUUGUUGCUUCUUGUUUUGAUUAGUUUACAAAAAACUAUAUGUGAAGUAUUACCAUUUCUUUAUUUAAAUGCUUCAAUUAAUGAAAAUGUAUUAAAAGAUAACGUUUUUUUGGAUAAUAUUGAAAAUGAUAAUAAUAGAAUAAAAAGGCAAUCUGUAUAUUAUAUAUGUGGUGUAUAUCCAAAUCAGUACUAUUCAACUGUUCCAUGUUCACAAAGUGUAGGAAAAUGUACAAAUGGUGGAAAUCCUCUUGGUGUUGGUUGUAAUUCUGCUGCUGAUUGUCUUAGAGUUUUUCAAGGUACAUCAACAUGUAUAAAUGGUUGCUGUUGUAGUGUUCCAACUACACCAUCUAAUAAUUAUUAUUGUUAUACAGGUGAACCAACAAGUGUUCGUUGUAGUGAUAAAUCACAAUGUCCUGUUGGCAAAAAUUGUGUAAAUGGAUUAUGUUGUACUGUUAAUACUGAAGAAUGGAAAUAUGCAUGUGGUGGUUAUGCUUCUGUUGGUGCCUGUAGUGCACAAGGUACAUGUGGUAAUGGAUUCCAAUGUACUGCAUCAAAAUAUUGUUGUGAAUGUAAAGUUGGAAGAUCAGGUGGAAGAUGCAAUAAUGGUGCAUGUGCUGCUGGAUUUACUUGUCAACCAAAUGGAUAUUGUUGUUCAUCAUGCCCUGGAAAUGUAACACCAUAUGGAGCUUGCUUUAAUGGAAAAUGUGGUGGUGGAAAACAAUGUUGUGCAGGAAAUAUUUGUUGCUAA